AUGGCCAUCAACAACCUCUCCCCUCGGCUACGUCACCUCCUCAUUCAGUCGCAUAGCGGCACAAGCGAGGUCGUUAUGCCUCAGCCCGUCAUAUCCUCUCCCUCAGAUACCUUGCGUAGUCUGUCACCGGACCCAGCCUAUCUUCCUCUGCGGGGGAAGAUCCCCCCACCUCUCACACUUCCUCCCCUCUCCUUCUUCGAGCCAGGCAUGGAGCCAACCCCCACCUCCUCUAUCUUCAAUCUCCUCAACACCCUCAGCGUUGACUCGCCACCCGCCACCGCGAGGUCGGUCUCUCCCCUCCACCGAUCGGAACUCCCUUCCACUGCUGCUCUCGAGCGGUCCCCAUCCACCCCAAUGUCCGCUCCACUCUCCACUGCAGGCUCCGCCCCUUUCUUCGCCCGCCAACACCGCCCCUCGGUCGACAAUCCUAUCCCCACCCUCCGGCCGGAUAUGUACCGGCGCCACUCUGGGCAACCGUACGAUAUCAAUCCAGCCACCAACCGGAUCAUCUAUCGGGAGUUUGACUUCAAUCCGGGCGGCUCCCGUGUCCCCAUUUCGCGGACUACCAAGGCGUGCAAUGCGUGCAGGUCGAGGAAGGUGCGGUGUGAUGCAGGCGGACAGUCGGGCGAGACGGGGACGUGCUCGAGGUGCAGGGAGGCGGGUGUAGAGUGCUCGUACACGGGGGCGCAAAAGAAGAGGGGACCGUGUCCGGGAUUGGCGAGGCCGGGAAUGGGGGCAAGGCGUCAGUCAGGUCAGCCGAUACCAGGCAAUACACCACCCGAGCUGUCGCCGGACUCGCGGUCCUCGUACGGUUUCCCCCUUCCCCAAAACGAGCAAAGCCAUGCUCAACUCCCGCCCAUCCCACAACAUGGCCUCCAGUCGGCACUGCCACCUAUUCCAUCUGUCCACUCCCAGCCACCACCUCAAUCAAACUACCAAGUCCAUCAGGGGUGGACUUCCGCUCAGCCUCGUCCGCUCUACCUGCCUACAUCACCUACCUCCCUCGCUCGUCGGCCCGCCACUGCCACAGCCAGCCAGACUGGUCGCAAGCCCAGCUUCGUCUCCUGGCACCCCCCGGACAUAGAGGAGAGGCCGGGCGUAUUUGAGCAGGAGUACUCGAUGCAAGCGCAGGAGAGAGGGGUGACCAUGCCAGGGAUGCAGCAGGGGGACUGGAGGGACAGCGAGCGGGUCUACCGCACCUCGACUGGAGGCUCUACAUCAGCUUUCGGCGGGGAUGGGAGAAGUCUACCCCCAUUAAGCGUGGCGCUGAGGCGGACGAGCUUUUAUGAGCCGCGGUGA